ACCCAACAGUCAGCAUGCUCUUACUUUUCUUCAAUAUUUCCACCAACUUCACACUCUUCAAAUACUCUGUACAUAGACACAUUCACUCUACAAGAAAAUUCCCAGUCGUGUGAGUUUGUCCAAGGCUUCUGAUAAACUCGUCCGUCCGAAAAUUCAUUCCCGAUCUCCGCCGACAAUGAAAGCCAUAGUGAUAACGAGUCCCGGUGGCCCAGAGGUGCUUCAACUACAAGAAGUGGAAGAUCCACAAAUUCAAGAAGACGAAGUAUUGAUCAAAGCCGAAGCCAUCGGUCUAAACAGAGCCGACACGCUUCAACGACAAGGCUUAUACCGACCACCCAAUGGCGCCAGUCUGUAUCCAGGACUCGAAUGCUCAGGAACAAUCGAAGCUGUUGGAAAAAACGUCACUCGUUGGAAAAUCGGUGAUCAGGUCUGUGCUCUUCUUAGUGGAGGAUGUUACGCCGAGAAAGUAGCCGUUCCUGCUGGACAAGUGCUUCCGAUUCCACCUGGUAUUUCUCUGAAAGAUGCUGCUAGUUUUCCGGAGGUGACAGGCACUGUCUGGUCAACUGUCUUCAUGACAAGUCGGCUAUCCGCAGGGGAAACAUUCCUGAUACACGGGGGUUCUAGUGGAAUCGGUACAUUUGCAAUUCAGAUAGCUAAAUACCAAGGAGCCAAAGUAUUUAUCACAGCAGGAAAUGAGGAAAAAUUAGCUUUUUGCAAGGACCUUGGGGCUGAUGUCUGCAUCAACUACAAGACGGAAGAUUUUGUUGCUCGUGUGAAGGAAGAAACAGGAGGAAAAGGUGUUGAUGUUAUACUCGAUAAUGUUGGGGGAUCCUACUUUCAGCGAAACCUUGACACCCUAAAUGUUGAUGGGAGGCUUUUUAUUAUUGGCUUUAUGGGUGGAAUAGUAACAGAAGCAAACCUUGCAGGUAUGCUUGCAAGGCGCCUCACAGUGCAAGCGGCUGGCUUGCAACACAGAAGCAAAGAAAACACAGCUCUGAUCGUGAGUGAGGUGGAGAAGAACGUCUGGCCUGCAAUCAUUGCAGGCAAGGUGAAACCCGUAGUGUAUAAAUAUCUUCCAUUAUCUGAAGCAGCAGAGGCUCACCGGAUCAUGGAAAGCAGCAAGCAUGUUGGAAAGAUACUCCUCCUCCCAUGAUUUGAUGAUUUAUCUCGGUGAAUGAAAGGAUUUCAUUCCUCUGAUGAGCGUGUCGUGUUAAAGAAGAGGUUUUAUUAGCUCUGUCCAGUGUUGGCUCGUAAGUGAAUGCUCAUCACCUUUAGUGUAAUACUUUGGAGAACAAAAAACACCCGUUUUUAUCAGAAUAUUGUUUGAAUAAUCUAUCCAACUCUGUUUUUCCUACUUUGGCUCUCUAUUUUAGUUUUUGUAAGAAGAAUACGGUAUCUCACCAUUGUUUUGCUGAUGACUUGAUGUUAUUUUGCCCUGGUGACUGCCAUUCCUUGGCUA